AUGGGUUACAUAAUAUAUGCCCCUUUAAUAAUUGUCAUCAUAUUAUAUGUAAUUGUGAAACAUCUCUUUACAUAUUGGGAUCGUCAGGGAAUUAUCAAUAUUCCUCCAACAAUCGUUUAUGGAAAUCUACGACCAACGAUAAAACAUCAAAAGUCAUUUCAAACAAAUAUCAAUGAUUUGUAUUGGGAAGCAGUAACUGUUCCAUACAUUGGAAUUUACUUAUUGUGUCGUCCAGCAUUACUCAUAAGAGAUUUAAAUUUAGUUAAGCGUAUAUUGAUACAAGAUCAGGAGUUUUUCAAACAUCGUGGAAUUUAUUGCGAUACUCAACAAGAUCCUAUGUCAAUGAACUUAUUUUCCGCCACAGAUGCCUCACACACAAAUCUUCAUGCUAAAUUGUCACCAUUAUUUAGCAAGAUGAUGACAACAAAUUUGUUUGAAACAGUUCACCGUGAAGGUCGAAGCUUAAUAAAUGAAUUAGGAAAAUAUGUAAAUGAUGUGAAACCAGUUGUGAACUUACAUAAACUUUUACAUACGCACUUAUUGAAUGUCAUUGGGGGUAUAUUCCUUGGCUUAAAAAUUAAUUUAUUUGAGAACGACGAUGAAUCGUUUAAAUAUUUCAACGAAGAUAUUGCCCAAAAUUUAUCUCGUUUCAAACAAGCACAAGCAUUUUUGUAUCCCGGAACAAUGAAAAUCACAAAGAAAACACAUUUUCCAAGAAAUGCACAAUCGUUCCUCAUGAAAUCAGUAGAAAAUGCCAUGCGAGGCGGCAAUGGAAUUAUUCACGCUCUAACGGCAAAUGAAGUUCGUGAAUCUGAUACAAAUAGACUCUCAAAUGCGACGAUAGCAGCUCAAAUUUUUAGUUUUUAUUACAUUGGAAACCAAACCUUACAUCAGAUUGUUAUUUCAUGUUUAACGGAGUUGCUCAACAAUCCAGAUACACUCGAUAAAUUGCUUGUAGAAAACGAUACAAUACUAAAGAAACAUCACGCACAGUUAUCUUAUGAUGCUUUGCAGGAAAUGACUUAUUUAGACUUGUGUCUCAAAGAAACUCUUCGUAAAUCUCCUCCAACUGCGAUCAUCACACGAGAAUGUACGAAAGACUAUAUUAUUGAAGAAUCGGGUCAGACGAUUAAAAAGGGCAUUAAAGUAAUAAUACCAUUAGCGAGUAUUCAAAAUGAUGAUACGUACUUUACGAAUCCUAAAGACUUUAUGCCAGAGAGAUUUUUGGAGGAAAAUGAAAAGUUUAUUUACGACGCUUAUAUGCCAUAUGGAAGCGGAUCACGUCAAUGUCCUGCAAAACAAUUGAGUGAAUUGAUCGUUAAAUGUGCUAUUGUUAACGUUAUUUCCUCUUUUACUAUCCUGAUAAACAACGAAAAGGACGACAAUCAACCAACAACCAUAAACAAACCUCACACUAAUGAAACUCUAUUGAAAAACGUGAUAAUUAAACCACGAGUAUAG